GGGAGGGAGCAAACCUGAGUAAGACAUUAACUCGGGCAAGUGAGUGAUUGUAGAAAGAUUGUUCUUAGUGUGUGUGUGUCUGGUGCCAUAAUGUUAUUCAGACUUUGAUCUUAGGGAAGUUGGAGUUAAAGUCAAAGAAUUUCUCAGUUGGUCUCAGUGUUUUGUUGGUAAUUAUCCAGAGCUACACACAGAGCCGAGUGGAGAAUUGCUACCCUAAAAGGUUAGUUUUAAACAAAUCUACUAUGUAUUUUUUCAUAGUCUAUCUGUGAGUUGUAUAAAAGUUUACUUGAAUUUUCCCUUAAGCUUAGGCAAUUAAAGGAUUGACAUUUAAUAAUUUAGACUCUCUUCAACUCUCUGUAUAUGUGCGUGUACAUAUGAUUGAUUUCAUUGAUUUUGUGGUGCAGCAAUGGAUUUCAAGAGGGGGAAUUUCUCUGCUUUCAUCCAAACAGCUCAGUAAAAUGAAAUAAAUAAAAAAUGCAUGUCUUUUCUAUAGUACCAUGCAAAUGUGAGUAUGCCACGUUCCGUCAGGAUAACUUUUUCACUUCUCCAAUCUGUUAUUUGUUGUUUAUAUCAUUCAGGGCUGACUAUAAUGUCAGCGUCCAUCUCAGUGCUUGGUGUGGCAGUGUUGCUCCUCCACCUCUGGGGGACACAUUCUUUCCCCACUUCUGCCUGUCCUGUUCCCUGCCUGUGCCAGCGUGGUCCUCUGCUGAACUGCUCUUCUUUGGAUCUGACUGAGAUUCCCACACGUAUACCACCAACUGCGGUUUCCUUGAACAUAUCCAAUAAUGCCCUGCGUUCUCUGGCUCCACUCAGCUUUGGUCAUGUAAAAUUGAAGGGACUUCUGCACCUUUGGGUGGGAAGUAAUGCUCUGGAGAGCCUGUCUCUGAUUUUGAAGAAGGAUCGAUCAGGCACUAGGACCCUGUCAAGCGGAGGACAGGAAUGCAUGUCCUGGGCACCUGACCUUCAAUUGCUGUCUGCUGAAAGAAACCAUCUAAAACAUCUACCAAAGGGGCUGGGCUGCAUCAAUUCUCUGCAGAUUCUUCAGCUGUCUUAUAACCAGAUAUCUAAGAUAGGUCUUACUGACCUGGACAACUGCAUUCAUUUGAAAGAGCUUCAUCUCCAGCAUAACAGCAUCAUAAGCAUUCACCCACAAGCUUUUAUAGACCUAAAACAGCUGCAGGUCCUUGAUCUGAGCUAUAACCUGCUGGUCACCAUUCCUGUUCCUACUUACCAGUCCCUGCGAAACCUGAAUGCCUUGGUCAGUGUCUCCUUCAACAGGUGGACGUGUGACUGCAACUUGCAGACUUUGAGAAGAUGGAUUAGCUUUGAUACUGAAAUGGGUGAUGCUUCCUGGCAAGUGGUAUGUGCCUCUCCACCACAUCAUGCUGGAAAAGAUCUGCUUCACCUGAAGGAUUCAGAGCUUACCUGUCCAACACAUGAAUCCAGCACCUCCGGUCACUAUCAUAACAUGAUUGUGGACGAGGGGAUGCAAAUAUCAAUUUCUUGCAGCAAUGAUAGUCAAGAUAUCAUGCAGGUUCAUUGGUGGACUCCACAUGGCCAAGUCAGAGAUAACCAACCAAAACUUCUAAUUAAGGACAUAACAGAGCAGCAAGCAGGACUUUAUGUAUGCAUUUCAGGUCUCCGAGGGGAGCACAUAUCAGUAUUUGAUCUACAUGUCUAUAAAAAAGGCAGUGGAGCAAGACCACGUAGGGAAGCAGCAACCAUCUUGGAUGAGGAAGAAAAUAAAAACACACCAAGGAAUGAACCUGUUGUACGGCAAACAAGGAGCCAGACAGAUUUUGUCCUUGCCGUCUGCCUCUCUGUCAUCAUUACAUUUAUUGUAGCCUUUAUCCUUGGUGUUCUUUUGAGACCACUCUUAGACAAAUUAUGGAGGAGAAUACGAUCCAAGAGACAAUCUACACCACCACCACCACCAACAACAACCUCCUCCACUGGGCCCCAGCCGUAUGUGAAUGAAGGGUACUGUGAUGUAGAAGACCAAGAACGAGAAGUAAGAGUGGGUUCAAGAGUUACAUUUGGUGGAAUCACAGAGGUGGAAGAUCAAGUGCCUUACUAUGUUACAGUAGAGAAUGAUCAAGCAGAUGGCUCCUCUGAGAGCAACACAGAAGUCGAGGCUCUUUAUGAGACCAUUGAAAAAGAUAAAUCCUCAAUAACUGGUGGGAAACAGCAGGCUCUUGAGAUGGAGAUUCACAGAGGAAGAGCAGACAGCAGUAGUAGCAGUUCACUACAGGAAGGGGAAGUAAAUGCUUUAGUCAUAAAUGGUAAGAAACUGCCAACCUGCUCAACCGAAGAUACGGAAUUUGAGCCAAUUCCAGAUGCAGAUGAUAUCAAGCAGUUAAAGAGAAGGGGCAGUUCUUCAACAUCAUCUCAGUCAAGUCAGGAAGGUAACUUCUCAAAACAAACUGAACAAAGUGUUGACCCUCCUGCUGUCACUAUACCGGCAAACAAAAACACAACAGGUAGCAUUCCAGGAUUUAGUACAGAGCCGUUUUCAGAAUGGUCAAACAGACUGACAGAACAGAAUGUUGAUCAUUUGGACCCAGAGUUGUGGAAUGACAGUGGAGAAAGCUUUUCUUUCACUGACGGCUCUGAAAGGUCAAGUAUCCGAGAUCUCUCCAGCUCUGCUUUGGGACACCCACUGAAGGAUGAUGACACAUGGAGGCAGAGCAAAGUAGGAUCACCUUCAGACAAAAUAAACCUUGAUUCAAAGGUUCUUGAUUUCGACAAACCUUUUGGUAAAGAACUUCCUGUUGAUGAUGUAAAGCAGUUUGAGCUCUCUGACAUAGAAAACUCCUCUAAUUCAAGUGAAAGUGAAGGUGGACCAAACAAUUAUGUUGUAAACCCAGAGUUAAUGGAUGAAUCAGACACAGAGAACUAUGCAAACUUGGUCACUUUAAAUAGAUAUGAAGAUGUCACCUUAAAUGAAAGAAUGCCUAGUGCUGGCAUUCUUAUAAGACAAGAGAAUAUCACUCUGGAGCCAUCAGACAUACAUUUGACACUUACUCAUGAAGACGGUGUUGAUGAGAGUAUGCAUAUUUAUGACUCCCCAAGAAAGAGUGAAGAUGACAAAUUUGGGAUAUGUGUAGAUGUGGGUCUUGAUACAGUGCCAAAGGUUAAAAGGUAUGUUGAAUUUAAACAGUUCAAACCUCAUUUUGGACCUCCAACUCUGCCAUCAUUUUCUCCUACAUCAACAAAGAAGAACAACACCUUAUCAGAUAUUGAGGUAAAAUCUGAAGCUAACACUGAUGCAUUCUCUGGAGACAACAAAUGCUUAACACAAAUAGAGGUAUCUCCUGAUAGAAUUCAAAAAGUGAAGAGAUACAUUCACUUCAAACAGGCUGAACCUCAUUCCCCAACUCUGUCAUCAUCACCUUCCUUCACCAAAAAAGACGAUAUGCUGGAAGCAAAAAGUUAUAGCUCAUCCUCAGAUGAUGAUGCUGAACUGACAACUAAAGGCGACAAUUUUGAUGUAUCUUCUGAUGGAGUUUCAAAAGUAAAAAGAUACAUUUUAUUUAAACAGAUUGAAUCUUCUUCCCCAACUCUGUCAGUAUCCAGACCUAAACUUGAGACCACAACUGAGGAAACAAUCAAAUCUUUGCAGCCAAGCACCACAUCUAAAGAUACAAGUCAAAAUGUGAAAAAAUAUGUGUAUAUUAAUCAGAAUAAACAGCAUUCCUCAUCUCUGCCAUCAUCACCUACUUCUACCAUGAAAGGUUUAUCAGGAAAAAAGUCUAAACACAAAAAACAAGAUCAAUCAUACUAUGGAAGUCAUGAUAGCCUGCCACUAUACCAUGUCCAUCCUGUCUAUAGGUCAAGUAUAAACAGACUGAAUAGAGGCUAUGAUACUGACAGAUCGUCUUCCAGUGAAGAUGAUGAUCAAUUUUUGGAGUACCCAACAAAAUUACAGAUUACAGAAGCACCUGGGAUGAACAGAGGACCCAUCACACCAGAUAAGAACACGAACAAAUUCCUCAACAUUGACUUUGAUAACUCCUCCAGCAGCACAGAUGUAUUUGACAAGAAACAGCCUAAAGGUCUAAUGAGAUUAAGAGUAUUAAGUGCACGACUGUUCAAGAGACAUGAACAUGAACCAGAUGAGGGGAAUCUUCAAUCACAAAUUCAAACUAAGUCAAAAACUAAGGUGACCACUUAUGAAGACAGUCUCUUUGGAAAAGGUUUAUCCCUUGCUCAUUUACCAAAAGUGAAGAGAUACCUUCAGUUUACACACUCUGAUUCCUAUCCUCAAGUCCAAUUACCAUCUCCUCCACCAACCACUGGGGUAGUCAUGCCUGAAUUUAUAGUGACAACUGAGUCCAGGAGAUCUAGUUUCUCCUCUGAGGAUGAUGUGAAACAAACCACUGAAGAUAAAAAUUUUGUUGGACAAGUUGAUGCAUCUUAUGACGGCCUUCCAAAAGUAAAAAGAUAUAUUCAAUUCUCAAGCACUGAACCUUGUUCGACAACACUGCCCUUGAACAAGCAAAGUAUAUCACCUGAACUAGUGGCACAACCUGAAUCAAGGAGAUCAAGUACGUCAUCAGAUGAUGAUGAUAUCAAACUUACAACCAAUGAAGACUGUUUCUUUAGGAAGAUAGGUGUAUCUGUCGAUACAAUGCCGAAUGUUAAAAGAUACAUUCAAUUCAGUCAGCCAAAACCUUACUCUCCAACUCUAACAUCUUCACCUAUUUCAACCAAGAGGCCUGAGGCAGUAGUGGAGACAAGUUCUAGCACAUCUGUCAUGUUGGAUGACAAAUCUGAUGCUACAGAAAACAAUUUUUGGGGGCAAAUAAAUCUCGAUGCAGUAUCAAAGGUUAAGCGAUAUGUUCAAUUUACACAGUCCAAACAUCAUUCUCCAACUGUGCCAUCAGUUUCAUCCUCUACAAAAGUCACUAUUGAUAUGGCAGUGAAACCUGAAGCUACAACUGACAGAUCCUCUGGAGACCAGGGUUAUUUAACGCAAAUACAGGUAUCUCCUGAAAAUAUUCAAAAAGUGAAAAGAUACAUUCACUUCAAGCAGUCUGAACCUCAUUCCCCAACUCUGCCAUCACCACCUUCCUUAACUAUGAAAGAUGCUAUACAGGAAACAAGGAGAUAUAGCUCAUCAUCAGAUGAUGAUCAACUGACAACCAAGGAAGACAAUUUCUUCAGGAAAAUAGGUGUAUCUUCUGAUGGAGUAUCAAAAGUAAAAAGAUUCAUCACAUUUAAACAGUCUGAACCUUCUUCCCCAACACUAUCAAUAUCCAGUCCUACUGCCACAACUGAGGCGGUAAAGUCUAUGCUCACCAGCACCUCUAAAGAUGAUGUUAGAUCUCAGAAUGACAGGGAUAAUUUCUUUGCUAAAACAGACGUAUCUUUCGAUGGAGUGCCGAAAGUAAAGCAAUAUCUUAAGUUUAAGGAGACUGAACUUCCUCCACAACACAUUCAGUCAACAUCUUCAUCUUCAACCUCAGGAGUAGUUAAACAAGGGAAAGUGGAAACUGAAUUCUUUGGAGAAAUGGGUAUUUCUCUUGAUAGAAUACCACAAGUAAAGAGAUAUAUUCAAUUUAAACAGCCUGUAUCUCAUCUUCCAAUAGUGUCACCCACCACUUCAGAUACACUGCAAGUCACAACUGAGGUGAAAACCAAAUCUGAAGCAAAGAGAUCGAGCACUUCUUCUGAGGAUGAUGUCAAACAAACAGCCGAUGUCUCUGGACAAACAGGAACAUCUCUUGAUAGAGUGCCAAGAGUUAAAAGAUACAUUCAAUUCACACAUCCUGAAAUUCAAUCUCAAGCUCAGACAACUGAAAGAGUCAAUGUAACCAUUGUCGCUAAAGAAACAAGGAGAUGGAGCACUUCAUCUGAGGAAGAUGUUAAACCAACUACUAAAAAAGAGAAUAUCACUGAAGAAACGAGUGAAUAUCUUGCCAAAAUCCCAAAAGUAAAGAGGUACAUUAAGUUCACACAAUCUGAACCAUACUCCUCAAAUCUGUCACAAUUUCGUCCUUUAACCAUGGAAAAAUCCAGGAAGGGGACGGAAACUGAAUUGAAACAACCAGCCACUAGGGAGAGCACUUCAUCUGAGGAUGAUGUUCAGGAAGACGAUGGCUUUGGGAAAAUAGGAGUGUCUCUUAACGGAGUACCACAAGUUAAGAGAUACAUUCAAUUCACACAUCCUGAAAGUCAAUCCCCUGCUCAGUCAACAUCUGCUGUCUCAGCUCAAAGACUUGGAAUAUUAGGGGUAGUUCAAGACACAGGGAGAUCAAGCACUUCAUCUGAGGAAGAUGUCACACUAACUGCUAAGGAAGACAAUGUCUUUGGACAUACUGGAGCAUCUCUCGACAAAAUUCCAAAGAUUAAGAGAUAUAUUCAAUUCACAAAGCAUGAAAGUGAACCUCUUGUUCAGACAACAACUGCUCUCUCAGUUAAUAGACUUGGAAUAUCUGGGGUCGUUCAAGAGACAAGGAAAUCAAGUACUUCAUCUGAUGAUGAUGCGUUUAAACAAAGAGGUGAAUCUUUUGACAAAAUCCCAAAAGUGAAGAGGUACAUUAAGUUCACACAAUCUGAACCUUCACAGGUUCUUGCACCAUAUCUUCUUCCAAGCACUGUAAAGUCUGUAAAGGUGACAGAAACAGGAUCUAGUACUCUAAUAUCUCCUAAGGAGAAUGUUAAGGAAGACAGUGUUGUUGGGCAAACAGAAGCACAUCUUGACAGAAUAUCAAGAGUUAAGAGAUACAUUCAGUUCACACAUCGAUCCCCUGAGCAGUCAACAACUUCUCUACCAGCUGAAAGAGUUGGAAUAUCUGAGGUCAUUUUAGAAACUCGAAGAUCAAGCACUUCAUCUGAGGAUGACGUCACCUCUAAGGAAGACUAUUUUGGUGGACAUACUGGAGCACAUCUUGAUAAAAUACCAAAAGUUAAGCGAUACAUUCAUUUCGCACAUCCUGAAAGUCAAUCUUCAGCUCAGACAACAACUUCUCUCUCAGCUGAAAGAGUCAACGUAUCUGUUGAAGCUAAAGAGACAAAGAGACCAAGCUCUUCAUCUGAAGAUGAUAAACCAUCUACUAAUGAUGGCAAUAUCAUUGGAGAAACAGGUGAAUUUCUUGACAAAAUCCCUAAAGUAAAGAGGUACAUUGAAUUCACACAAUGUGAACCUUAUUCCUCUGCACAGUCAAAACUUCCGUCUUCAGGUGUUGCUAAAUCCAUAAAGAUGAUAGCAACAGAAUUAAGGGGAUCCAGCACUUCAGUUGAAGAUUAUGUACAACCAUCUACUAAUGAAAAUAAAAAAGCAUCACAGACACAGAUCACUUCAUCUGAAAAUCUACCGAGAGUUAAGAGAUACAUUCAAUUCACACCUAUUGAAAGUCAAUAUCCUGCUCGGGCAUCAACUGCUGUCUUAGCUGAAAGAGUUGGAAUAUCAAGGGUAGGUCAAGAAACAAAGAUAUCGAGCACUUCAGCUGUUAAACCAUCUGCUAAUAUCAUUGGAAAAACAGACAGAAAUUUCUUUCAAGAAACUGGUGUAUCUCUUGAUAACUUCCCAAAGGUAAAGAGGUACAUUGCAUUCACAAAGAGUGAACCAUCAUCUUCAACCAAAUUAAUGAAAAGAGAUUUAACACCUACUACAAAUACCUACUUUGAAACCACAUGGUCCAGUUUAUCAUCUGAAGUGUCACCUCCUGCCUCAAUGAAAAAAGGUUCUGCAUUAAUAAUAAAGACCCAGUCAGAAUCAAGGACCUCUGAGUUUACUUCCAAGGACAAUAUUAUGAAAGGACAGCUUAUGGGCAGUUCAGUAGGACAGACUGGCCUGAAGUCAAAGUUAAAGAAGUCAAGAUCCUCAUCCAGUGACGAACACUCUGUAGGACAUGAGGUUGUGGAUGUGGAUGUACUAGCACCACAAGAUGAGCCACCAGCAGUUCCACAGACAUCGCCACCUCCCCUAGAACAGGAGGAAUCCAGAGAGUAUCUCAGAGAAAAUUCUGAAAUCCGUCAAAGGCAAGAACGCAGAAGAAUACAGCAGCAAAGGAGAAGGGAAAUGGAUGAGUUCAACAUUGCAUCCCUACCCUCCAUUCAACAAGGCGGCGAACAGCAGGACAGAUCACCAGCAGAUUAUGGAGAGAUAACAGAACAUACUUACAGCAGUGUUUCUACAAGGAACACACUAACUUCAAGUCAUGCAGAAGGAGCCGAAGUCCCAGUUUUACAGGGCCUUAAAACUAAGAGUACAUCAACACUUGGUUCCAAGUCAACUCCAAAGUAUAGGGAAUAUUUAAUUUAGCUCAAGAGUUCAUUUUGACUCACCAGACAAACAAUGUUGUAUGAUUUUGAGCUGAUGCUUUUAAAACCACAGCUUUUGAGGAUGGGGAUUUGCUUUUUACGAAGUAUUGUAAAUACUGUAAUAUAAUUAUGAACAUAACCUAAACUUCAGUAUUUCAUAAAUAGAAGUUCUGUUCUUUCUGCAUUGAAGCAAUGUAUGAAUGUACAUAAGAAUGUGUAUUGUCUAAGAAUAUAAACACUGUAUUGAUUUUAUCAGUCAUGAUGUGCAGCACUAAAAAAAAAAAUAGAGAGGCUAUAAACUGCACUCAAUGACAACACAUUUUAAUCCAUUAAUGGGGCUAUAAACUUUCUUCCAAUGCUGUUGAA